AUGGCGUCCAGUGCUUUUGAAGAAAUGCAUAUGAGCAACAACGAGUUUUCCACUCAGAAGGUUGAACGUCAAGAGAAAAUAAACAAAAUGACAAAACAUAAACCCAGAUCUCAAUAUUCCUGCAGAGAACAAAACCAUGAUACGGACGGAAAUAUUAAAAUUGAAAAUCCAAGAGCCUACCUGGAAGGGGAGGAAGGAUUUCAUGGUCUUUGUAGUUGA